UCUUUAAAUUUUCUCCCACCUGUUGCCUUUCUAUCCAUUCUGUAUAUAAAACACAGAUAUAUAAAUACUGACAAAUAUUAUAUAGAAUGUAUGACACGUAAAAAUACAAAGAAAAUUUUAUGUUGAAAUUCGACGCAAAUUUUAAAAUUAUCUAGAGUGGCAUUUAAACUGUUGAAGACGUUUUGAAUCGCUAAGAUAAUUUCAUCAACUUCAGCAGGACUGCUGAAGUUCGUCCGCUCGAUGAUAUUUUGUUUGUGUGACGUUUGACAAAAUAAACGCCGCGGCGAGACGUAAUGAUCGAAAUAGCGCGACGUGACAUCACGAAAACAUCGUUCUCGAGAUAAUAUUGUGCGGGAGGCGGCGGCAGGCCACUCAAUAGGGGGUGGGUCAUGUACGCUGCCGUGAACCGCUUUUUGUCGCGUGGAUUCGCUCGCCUUCGCGGAUCGAGUAGGUUUUCGACAUCGGCCAAGAAGAGCCCGGACGCGGCAUUGGCGGCGGAGAUCGCGGGCAUUGCGGCAUGCAAAGGGUCUUUGAAAGACGAAACGGUUGUACCGAGAUUACAAAUUGUACGCGUGUAUCGAUGGAAUCCGGAAACGCCGGAAGUAAAGCCAUACAUGCAGCAGUUCAGCGUAGAUUUAAACAAGUGCGGCACGAUGGUGUUGGACGUCUUGAUACACAUCAAGGCGCAGCACGAUCCGACGUUGUCCUUUCGGAAGUCUUGUCGCGAGGGCAUCUGUGGAUGUUGUGCGAUGAACAUAGACGGCGUAAACACCCUGGCUUGUAUAACAAAGGCAAAAGAAUCUCCGGAGCCGUUGGUGAUCUACCCUUUACCGCACGCAUAUGUGAUUCGAGACUUGAUACCGGAUUUGGAGCAGUUCUUUGAACAAUUCCGGAAAAUCGAUCCAUAUCUAAAGCGACCAGGUGAGGACGAUUUUCUCGGUAUGCGACAAAUUCUGCAGAGUCCAAGGGACAGAAGUAAGCUUGACGGCUUGUACGAGUGUAUAAUGUGUGCGUGUUGCACGUAUUCGUGUCCUCCUUAUUGGUGGCUCGGCGACAAGUACUUAGGGCCUGCGGUAUUACUGCAGGCAUACAGGUGGGUAAUAGACUCGCGAGACAUGGCACAUAAAGAGCGGUUAGCAAAGCUCCGGGACUUCUAUUCAGUUUAUCGAUGCCAGUCGAUCUUUAAUUGUACCAAGACGUGUCCAAAGGGUCUAAAUCCAGGAAAAGCAAUAGCGCAACUAAAAUGUUUGCUGGCUGGACUUGCAAAGAAAGAGAAACCAGACCUCGACACACCACUUCCGAAUACCUGUAAUGGUGAAGAGCAAUAUCUAUGCAGAAGGGAAUAAAAAAAUAGGACGAUACAGUUCGCGAGACAUUCUUCUUUAUUGUAUAAUGUCCAUCACUUUGAAUAAAGAACUUCAUAUAAUUGAGCACUAGGGUGCUUUUGUUAUAUAACAGGUGAUAAAGUCAUAAGAUAAUUAAAUGUUCAAGGUAAAGUUAACCUACAUUUCCGCACAUUUGACAUUAAACAUAAGGCAGUCUUAAUCUCUUUUUAUUAGCAUUGCUAUGUUCUUCAAACAUCAACUCCCAAUCAAGAAUUAUCAUUAAUCGUCAAGGAUCAUAAAGUUGAUAAAUUGGCACUUAAUAUCGAUCAACAACCUUUGCAGUGCGUGUUACUUACAUUACAUAGUAUAGUAAUAAGUAUUCUAUGUUGUAAAUUAAAUCACAAAUUCUUAUUAUACUUAUUAAAUUGUCAGUCAAAAAAUAAAAGUAUAUCC